AGGCGGGGGUGUGGUUGUAAUUGAGAGCAGGUGCAAUGGCUGUUCACACCUGAUGUGAUCACUAUAUAAGCCAUGCCUCGUUUCGUUUUCUGAAUUCGUAGCGACACAUCUGAAUCUGUGAAGCAGGACGUGAGGGAGAGGAACAGUCUUCAUUCAGCUGAACGUCGUGAAUAAUGUGGAAGUGCUUAGGUUUGUUACGGUGUGCAUUCACCGCCGUCUUUUUGAUGCCGUUUUUCGUGUCGGCUUAUCCGCGAGAAUGGCAGUUGGCUUCCUUGCCUCAGAAAGGCACACCAUCUUCGCACCCAUCUCCUAGCAAACACCAGGUGACCAAGGACGAGACUGAACGUCGACCGGAAACCGAAACUGUAAGGGUAACGUGCCACCCUGACUACAUGGAGAUUGAUAUUGACGCUGAUCUGCUGGAAUUGGGCUUCCCGGUUGACGUAGAUGACGUAAGACUGGGCAAGAGCGAGCAGCCCGGCGAGGCUUGCAAGGCCGUUCACACAGAGCCUGAGAAAUACAUGAUCGCUGCAGCACUAACUGACUGCGGCACAGAGCACUCGAUCACAGAAGACUACCUGAUCUACAGCAAUACCCUUGAGUACGCUCCUAGCCCCUCCCCAGACGGCGUGGUCCGGACACGAGCGGCGUCCUUUCCCGUUCAGUGCUACUACAGGAGGAAAUUUGACCUGAGCAGCUUUCCUGUGAUGCCCACCUGGAUCCCCUUCAUGUCUACUCGUGCCGACGAGGGCCAACUCGACUUCUCACUCCAACUCAUGACUGAUGACUGGGCUUUUAAAAGGGCAUCUAAUCAAUACCACCUGGGUGACGUCAUCAACAUUGAGGCUUCAAUCAAGCAGUUCAGCCACAACCCCAUGCGGGUGUUUGUGGACCACUGUGUUGCUACGUUGACCCCUGACGCCAGUUCCGUUCCCCGAUACGCCUUCAUUGAGCACGAUGGCUGUAUGAUGGACAGCUUCCUGACGGGCUCCACAUCCAGGUUUCUUCCCCGUGUCCAGCAUAACAAGCUCCACAUCCAGUUGGAUGCUUUCAGAUUUUACGAAGAGGAGAGUGCUGAGCUGUACAUCACCUGUCUGUUGAGGGUGAAGCCUGUUGGGGCGGAGCCUAUGAGUCGUGCAUGCUCCUUCAUCGACAACAGAUGGCAGUCUGCAGAUGAUGAGGACAGGCUCUGUGAUGGCUGUGUCUCGAUGGGUGGACCUGCCCAGUCUGUUCCAUCCAAUCAGCAAAGCUCCUCAACGUUCCAGAGUUCUGCUGCUCGUCAUAAGAAAAACUCCCCAACGUUCCAGAGUUCUGCUGCUGGUCACCAUGGAAGCUCGGAAGUCUCCUCCCAACGUGGACAGCUCAAACCCAGGUCUGGGGCUUCAUCGGGGAGUAACCUGGUAGAGUCCAGUAAAGGUUGGGAAAAAGAGGAAAGAAUUGGUCCGAUCGUUGUGCUCAAGAAGAACAAGAGGCCACUGUCAGCCCCUGAUGCAAUUCAAGGCCCUCCACCAGUCUUGGCAGGUGAGCUGAGCUCCAGACUGCUUCUGGGAGAAACUGAGAUGGCCGCCCCUGCCAAACUAGGACCAAAAGGGUAUGCUCCUGUGACCAACAACGGACUCCCUAAGGAAUUCAAGCCAGUUGAUGAGGAUUUGCCCAAAAGCCCAGACGCAAAAGCCCAGACGCAGAAAUCUUCUUCAGCAGCCAUUAGUGUAGAUGCUAUCACCGACGCCCCGGUGACCAAGGUGACCUCCCUGCCAGCAGAGGGAGCCAGCACCACUCCUGCUGCACUGAAGGCCACUCCUGAGUUUGAAUUCAAGGGUCUGGCAAAGGAUGACACAAUGGCUGACCCGAAGCUUGACUUUGCCAUGGUUUCAUCCACAGAGGCUCUGGAAUUGUCAAGUGAUGAAGAGGAAGAUGACCUCUAGAGAUUACAUUAGCGUUUAGGCUUUUGCAUUUACGUUGUUUGAGAAAUAAAUGGUCCAAACUGUA